AUGGCAAUCGCAGAGGUCAAAAAGAGAAUGCACCCUUUAUUGACAUGUGGGUAUUCUGCAUGUCACAGAAAUCAUUGCAUGGAGGCGAGGGAUGAUGGAGCGGAUGCGGCUGAAGAGUGUAGGGGGCUGCUACAAGCGAAAUAUUUCAUAGUUUGUUGCAAAUGUCUGCAGUACAGAAUCGAGCUUCCGAUUCGUCUUUGCUUCCUCGCCAUUAUCCAAAUUCCAUUUUCCAACUUUCAUAUUCACUCUUCACCCUACACAUUGGCCAACACUAUGUCUGCCACGCCUAGUUCCCGAGAUAGCUAUGCGGUUAUGAGCUUCACUGGUGGCUCCUCAUCGCCUGCUGAGAAACCGAUAUACUUUGCUGCCGUUGCAAUCAGCCUACUCAAUAUUCCAGCCAUUUUAUAUGCACUCUGGAACCGGAAAUACUUGCCGAUUAAAGUGAAAAACGUGUGGGUCACAGCUGUUAUUGGGUUUGGCUGCUGCAUCUUCAACAUCAGCUAUGGAGCAGUUUCUGGAAUGGCAGGAUACGAGGGUAUCUUUUCACAUUGCAAACUGUGGUCGGCUUGGAUGAUGUUAGCAUUGGGACUCGGUAUCAUGUUGCCAGCAAUGGUUCUUCGCCUCGUAUUCUACUACCGUGUUUUCAUCUUAAAAACUGGCGCGGCUGGCCCUGGAAGCGUACUUGCCAAGCAUAUCAAAAUGUACUGGCCGUUCUACAUUCUCUGGUUGCCCCUAUUGUGCGUCUGUGUAGUGGCCGAAAUCCUACCGGACAAGCAUACGAUCUUCAAGAUCAAUAUCCAAGGAGCAGAUGUGUGCAUGAUGGCUUCACCCUUAUCGUACUUCAUCAUCAGCUACUACUGCUUCAUGGCGCUUCUCGCCUGCGGAAUGUACAUCCGUAUGCGCUCGGUCGCCAAAGUCUUCAAUGAGUUCAAGCUGGGUCUCUGGAUUGUCGCCACGUUCCUCAUCAACUGUGCGUUUGACCUGACAAUCGUGUUCAUGGGUGGUUCAAAGUAUCCUUGGGGUCGGAUUGUACCAACUAUCCUGUACUUGCUCACUUACAACGGAUACUUCUGGCUAAUCAUUGGUCCACCGAUUUUUAACCACAUGUUCCGCCGUGAAGCAGCAUUGAGAGAGAUUAUCGAUACUAUGCACAAGGACGGAUUCCUUGCUCAGCAAGGGCAACUAGGAAACGUCCGCCGCAACCUCUAUGGUCUCAACACUACAUCGUCGGCUACCAAAAUGAGCACCCCUAUCCACAGCAAAACGCCAUUUGAGCAAUCAGCACGCUUGGAGAGUAUGCGAGGAGAAAACUUCCCCUACGAGCGGAUGGAGACAAGCAACCAUACAGACACAAGCUUGAACACUCCUGAGUCAUUAUAUAGUAAAACCAACCGUUACAUUAUCUAGUUUUAU